CAUGUUCACGAAUUAUUUUGCUUUGACACUAUGAAAUGUCAGUAGAAGGGAAGACUUUUACAACUAGGGAGGAAGAAAUAAUAAUUUACUGAGAUAACUUACUUACAGAAAGCGAUAUCAAGGUCUAGCGAUAUUCGGGUAGUAAGGGUGCGACAUUGGGAAAUACUGUACACUUUUAUAAAACACCAGCACAUCCAUGCCGCAGUAAUAUCAUCUGAUCAGGGUUAUCUUAUCACCACAAAAAGUCCAUCUACACUUACGAUAAAGAAGGAUUAUUGACCCAAGAUUACUAUACUCUGAACCAUUAGAUUUUAAAUAGCAUCAUGGGUCUCUUCUCAUUCUUGACAACACUUAUUUCUACUGUAUACCCUGUUAUUGCUUCUUAUAAGGCAUUUGAUAAUUAUUUGGAGAUUUCUAAAAAGAUUGAUAAUUCAUCAAUAAGAGUCGCUGGGAUUACUGUACCAUUACCAUUAACUUAUCUCUUAUCUAAAUCUACUACUACAACAACUACCAAUGGUAAUACUGUAACUUCUACCACCACUUCAGGUUCUUCAUCCUUACAAGUUAAUGAAGAACAUUUACAAUCAACCCUUAUUACAAUACAUAAAUGGUUUAUUUAUUGGAUUGUGUUUGGAACUAUACAACUUACUGAAUCAUUCUUAUUCUUUACAUGGAUAAUUCCUUUCUAUAGUUAUUUAAAAUUAGGAUUUUUUAUAUGGUUGGUAGUACCUAUGAUUAAAUCAAGUUUUGAUAAACGUCAACGUCAAUUACUUAGUGGUAAAGAUUUCACAUUGAAUGAUGAUUGGAUUAAAUUUACUGAAUCUGGUGCUGGAUUUGUAUUUUUUACUUAUAUACAGCCAUUGUUAGGAAGUCAAUUUGAUAAUCUUGGAAAGUUGGCUGAUAAAAGUGUUAUACAUUAUAUACUUGAUAGUAAUCCUUCAUUAAAUGCUAGUAGUACUAGUAGUGGUGGUGCUGGUACAAGUGGUGUGAGUGGUAUCGGUAAUGCUAGUGGUGAAUCACUGGAAUCUGCUACUGCUACUAGUUCUGGUCAAGAUUCUAUUGGCAAUGUGAUAGACAGUUCAUAUGUUAUGGUGAUGAAUAUUAAGAACCGAUUCGGUUAUGGUAAUGAUACUAGUAAUGUUGAAGAAAGUAAUGUAGUUAGUGAAACUACAUCAGAAACUAACGAUUCAACAGAUACAAGUACUAGUAUAAAUGAAAAUCGAAAAGAAAAGAAAAAGGGAUGGUUCUGGUAAGUAAAUGUUUACCUGUAGACGUUAAGAUUCUUUUAUAUUAUAUUAAAUUGUUUGUUAUUACUAUUUAUUUCUGGUUUUAGAGGUAAGCUAUGAGUUGGUUGAUUAAUUGGUUUUUAUAUUUUAAAUUUUAAAUUUUAAAUUUUAUAUCUAUGUUUAAUAUAAGUUAUUUGUACAUUGAAAGAAA